AUGAGUGCACAUCCUUACCACAGACACCCUGACCCUCGCGGCCGCGAGCUAAGCAGGAGGCCGUCGGCUUCCGACGAAGACUCGUUCUUUUCCGACUCGUCAAGCGUGGUGGAGAAGCACAACCACCAUCAUCGGCCUCGAUCGCACCACCGCGACCCGCCGCGGGGCCGUCGCCCCGAAUUGUCUCGCCACCGCACCGGCGACGACGAACACUACCUGCCCCACCAUAAUCAUCAUCAUCAUCACAACUCCCAUGGCCACCAUGAUCGCCACCGCAAUGACGACCGCCGCGACAGCCUUGACAGCGGUUCUGGAGCCGUCGUACGGCGGGAGGAGGUCUAUGCCGUCCAGCACAUUCCCCGCGACUCCUCGGUAGCCUCAUCAACGGCGCGGACCUGCGUCUACGACCAUAGAGAUCCGCGGGAUCGCUACCAUCGCUCCAGGCGCUACCGUGAUUACGACGAUGACAGGUCGCCGUCGGGUGAGAAACGGUACCAACGCGAGCGCAACAGGUUCGAUCCGCGAGUCAUCCUGGCCACGCUACUGUUUGCCGCUACUGCUGCUCUGUGCUAUAAGGAGAUAAGUAGUGGAGGCAAGAAACGUGGUGGUGGAAGGAGGGCGCACAGUAGUCGUCCUGGUUAG